GUACUGGACCGGCCUGGGCGGCUCGGAAGAUACUAAUUCCAGUGUCCGGUGGGUAGGUAGCUUCCAGGUACCUAGGUAUGGACGCGGGGGAGUCACCCCAAGGCUCGCGCCGAAGACCCUUCACACUCACCAAAGAAAGCCGUCCACCCCACUAAGCAUUCAUACCGUUUUCCGUCAGUCCUCUGAUCAAUACACUGGCUUGUCGAGAAGAAUUUUCCACCUGUGAUCUGCCCCAGUGACCAGAAUGACGACCAUGGCAGGAGCGUCUGACAUCUAUACAUCCAUCAGGUUCCUGAAAAAUGAUGAAUUAUACCAUGUUGUCAAAACAUACAAUCUUGAAUUUCGAAGCGAAGAAAUCCCCAUUUCUAAUGCCUUGCCGGAAAAGGUCGAUAAUCUGCUCGUCAAGGACAUCAGGGGUCAUGAACAAGACUUCACUUUUGACCUGAAUGGCUUUGCGGUGCUGGACAUGCAAACGAGCUUGUCAUACGACGACUUCAAGGACAGCAGCAAGAUUGAACACGUCUAUUGCCAAGAGGUAGCUUCAUGCCUGCUCAAGUACACCCAGGCGGCGGCAGUUCAGAUCUUUGACGUCCAGAUCCGACGCCGGCAUCCGGACUUCCCCUUCCCAGACACAAACCUCGAGAUCAAUAACCAGCCUGCAGUGCAAGCCCACAUUGAUGCUUCACCCGAGGCAGUCCGCCUGCUCAUUAGGUCGCUAAAUACCCCAGAGGAGGCCAACUGCCGUGCUCAGGGGAGAUUCAUAUACCUCAAUGUCUGGAAACCUCUCAAAGGCCCAGUCCGAGAGUGGCCGCUUGCGUUAUGCGAUGCUUCAUCGGUUGAUCCCUCGGAUCUUCGCGCGCAUGAUACCGUCUUCGAUCCCACCACAUCGAGAGAGAAUCUAAUGGUCCAUUUUAAUGCAAAUCAGCGAUGGUACUACCUGAGCGAACAGCUCCCCUCGGAGCUCUGGGUGUUUCGGCAAUGCGAUUCGGCAGGAAAGCAAGGCGUGCCGCAUGUAUCAUUCGAAUUGCCCACACAGGCCAAUGGUCCCGAUGACCCCCGAGAAAGCGUCGAAGUCCGAGCACUUUUAUACUUUGAAUAAGGCAAAUGAUAUCUGCCAACUCAACUUUCCUAGCAUACCUAGAUACAUACAUCUAUCGGGAUGGGCUAGGAAGCUCGUGUUUCACUGUGCCCGCUGACAACCUAGGAGGACUAUCACACUCUUUUGAAAGGUGUUCGUGCGGUAGAUGCCGAUUGGGCCGUGGUAGAAUCGCUUUUCCUUGAAGAUGUAGUGUUAGGUGUAUGGUAUGUACAAGUGUGUAGCAGGGCAUGCGACACUCAGUGAGGCGAAACCCAAAGUUGUCUGUCUGCUUGUCACCAAAUUGAAACUCACUUG